CUGAAGCCACUGGGGCGGAGUCGUGAGUACCGAGUGGCAUUUCUUACUGAGGAGAAUUAUUGUAAAAACGCGAUUUUGGAGUGAAGUUUAUUCGACUGGUUUCUAUUAGUUAGACACAAAGCGUCGUUUGGAGUGGAUUUGUUUAGUUCAACCUGAGUUUCAUUGACGUUUUGAGAGAGAUAUCUUGUCGAGCUAACGCGGCUAGCUGUCGUUAGCUGCACUUUUUUUUUUACGUGAAGGAAGGAAGGAAGGAAGGAUUUUCUUGGCCCAGCUUUGACGGGACUCCAUACAAGUUGUCAAAGUGGUGUUUGAGUUGGCCAAAGCUCUGGAGCAGACCUAAUGGAAACAGUAUGUCUGAAGCACCAUGAGGCUCCUCUAGAUCACUGGAGAAUCAGUUUCACAUAAACGAUCGGCAGAAGGAAGACUGCAGCAUGGUAUCUUAUUAAAGCAAUAGGAUUCAGAGAAAUAGUCUGCACCACAGAUAAACAUCCUGGUGCUGCUACUACAAGUGGUUUGUAAAGGGAAAAAAGUAAUUGUAGGGUGUAAGUGUAAAACCUAGCUAUUUGGGGGAAAUUUUUUGUUUGUUUGCUAAGAUGAGCGCAGAAGGAUAUCAGUACAGAGCACUAUAUGAUUAUAAAAAGGAGAGAGAGGAGGACAUUGACCUGCACAUCGGGGACAUACUCAUAGUGAAUAAAGGCUCCCUGUUAGCACUGGGCUACAGUGAAGGGCUGGCUGAGAGGCCGGAGGAUAUCGGCUGGCUGCCCGGGUAUAAUGAGAUGACUCAGGAAAAGGGAGACUUCCCUGGUACCUAUGUGGAGUUCAUUGGGAAGAAAAAGAUAUCUCCUCCGACCCCGAAGCCAAGGCCUCCCAGGCCUCUUCCUGUGGCGCCUGGACCAGCCAGGAAUGACUCGGACUCCGAGCAAGGAGGUCCCAGCACUUUGCCAGAUCUGACCGAGCAGUUUGCACUUCCAGACGUGGCCCCGCCCAUGCUGCUCAAACUGCUGGAGGCCAUCGAGAGGAAAGGCCUGGACAACCCCACCCUGUACAGAAACUUCACCGCUGGAGGUGGCCUGGAUGUGCGGCAGUGUUUCGACGCUGACGGCCCAUCUGUGGAUUUGGAGCAGCUCGACCUGCAGACGCUGUGUGACGGUCUGAGACGAUACCUACUGGAUUUGCCCCAGCCGGUGAUUCACUCUGCAAUCUACACUGAGAUGGUACACAUUGCUCAAGAGGUUCAGGGCAUGGAAGAAUGCGCAGAGCACUUGCGGAGGGUUGCUGGUUCCUCUGUUUUGCUGCCUCAGUACUGGCUAACGCUGCAGUGCCUGCUAAGACACCUUGCCCACGUGUGUCAGGCUUCGGCCGCCAACCUGCUGAACGCCCGCGCCCUUGCCGAGAUCUUCAGCCCUGCGCUAUUCCGGCAGCAGGCAUCCAGCUGUGAGCCCAGCCCUGAGUCACACAUUAGGAUCAUUGAAGUCCUGGUGACCAGCGAAUGGAGCAGCAACCAGGCAGCUCCAGCACUACCUCCGAAACCACCCAAACCAGCCCCUGUCACUAACAACGGUAUGAACAACAACAUGGCUCUACAGGAUGCCGAAUGGUACUGGGGGGACAUUUCAAGGGAGGAGGUCAAUGAGAAGCUGAGAGACACAGCUGAUGGAACAUUUUUGGUUCGCGACGCCUCCACCAAAAUGCAUGGAGACUACACCCUCACGCUGAGGAAAGGAGGCAACAACAAGCUGAUCAAAAUUUUCCAUCGGGAUGGGAAGUACGGUUUCUCAGAUCCUUUGACCUUCAACUCUGUGGUUGAGCUGAUCAAUCACUAUCGGCACGAAUCCCUCGCUCAGUACAACCCUAAAUUAGAUGUGAAACUGCUGUAUCCUGUGUCUAAGCACCAGCAGGAUCAAGUGGUAAAAGAGGACAACAUAGAAGCUGUGGGGAAGAAGUUGCACGAAUACCACUUGCAGUACCAAGAGAAAAACCGGGAGUAUGACCGACUGUAUGAGGAGUACACCAGAACGUCACAGGAGAUUCAAAUGAAAAGAACUGCGAUCGAAGCUUUCAACGAGACCAUCAAGAUCUUUGAGGAGCAGUGCCAGACGCAAGAACGCUACAGCAAAGAAUACAUCGAGAAGUUUAGGAGAGAAGGCAAUGAGAAAGAGAUCCAGAGGAUAAUGGUGAACUACGAGAAGUUGAAGUCUCGCAUCAGUGAGAUCGUGGACAGCAAGCGUCGUUUGGAGGAAGACCUGAAGAAACAGGCAGCUGACUACAGGGAGAUCGACAAGAGGAUGAACAGCAUCAAGCCAGAUCUCAUCCAGCUCAGGAAGACCAGGGAUCAGUACCUCAUGUGGUUGACACAGAAGGGUGUCAGGCAAAAGAAGCUCAACGAGUGGCUGGGAAUCAAAAACGAGAACCAGGAAGAUCAAUACUCAAUGGUGGACGACGACGAGGACUUGCCACACCAUGACGAGCGUUCCUGGAAGCUCGGGAACAUUAACCGCAUCCAAGCGGAAGCUCUGCUACGCGGCAAGAGAGACGGAACAUUCCUGGUCCGAGACAGCAGCAAACCAGGCUGCUACGCCUGCAGUGUUGUUGUGGACGGAGAGGUCAAGCACUGCGUCAUCAACAAAACUCCCACAGGCUUCGGUUUUGCCGAACCUUACAACCUGUACGGCUCACUGAAGGAACUGGUCUUGCACUACCAGCACACGUCUCUUGUUCAGCACAAUGACUCUUUGAAUGUCACGUUAGCAUACCCGGUUUACGCACACCCACGGCGAUGAGGACUCGUGAACACACACUUUUUUUGUCAGGACUUUGUAACGCACGAUUGGAGCUUAGAAGGAGGAGGACGAGAAAAAAGGCCUCAGCUCCUGCAGCGAUGCCUCCACUUUGGAUUCAGGAUGGAGGACUGGUUUUCGCCGCUAAACCCAAAAAACAGACGUUUCAGCCAAGACCUUGAGAAAUCGUAUCGUUUUCCUCACGGUCAAACGGAAACUGCUGAACUUUGAUCUCUCUUUCCCAAAAUGGAGGACGAUGGAGGCCUUUCUCAAAAUGGUGCUUGUUCAUUUCAAAGCUUUACCCACUGCUGGAAUGUGGAACGCUUAUGACGAUGACCUCUGGAGUGCAACUUUUAUUUUUAAAUGCUAUUCCGAGAGAGGUGUGUGUGUGUGUGUGUGUGUGUUUGUGCGCAGACGUGAUGUGACCAAAACUCACAGUAUCUAAAAGCUAUUCAUCAUUGGCAUGUUCAGAGUGACGAUAUGAACAGACCAUGGAAUCAGCUGAUCAAUGUAGCAAGACGGCACUUUCAGAACUGUAUAUUUUUGGGCGGGAGGGGAUUUCCAUAAAAGGACUGUGAACAAGCAAACGAUUCGAACAUCUCAUUUUUACAUGAGCAAAAACAGGACGGGGGACAAGAUGUGUGGCAUUUUACUCUGUGAGCAUUACAGUGACUGCUUCUGCCUUUAAUGAACUAACAAGGCACCCAGACGAACCUAAAAUACUUUCAUUUUGUACAUACGGACUGAAAGAAAAAGAAAAAUGUGAUUGAAACAUGUUGUACCAAAAACAGCGCUCAGUUUCUUCUCAGUUGUAUUCAAAUGUGCUAUGCAAAUUCUGUUUCUCCUUUCCUUCUCAGCAGAGUUGAUUUUAUUUUACAUGUUGCUACCCAUAAUAUAAUUUCCUUCUUUUUAUUUUUACAGUUUGAAUUUUUUUUUUAAAUGGUAGUAUAUAAGAGAAUAUUUUAAGUGUCAAAUCCGCCAAGAGAGAUGGCUUCGGUUUUACAACAGAUAAAUGAUAACCUACUUUAUUACAAAUUUCUUUAUCAGCAGCUGAUUAGAUAAAACAGAUGAGUAUUUUAUUAGUCUUUUUCACUUUGAGCUUAUUUUUUUUUUCUAGGCAGAGCCUGGAGGACUUGAGUGAUGCGUCUUGUUUAUUAAUAGUACUAUAACUCAUCGAAAUUGAUAAUUUUUCAUUUUCUCAGCGCGCAGAAUUCGACUUUUUGAAAACGAGUCCACGUCAGAAAAUCAAAAGCUCAUCAUGUUUAUUUUGAGAAAUUUUUCCAGCAAAUUGAAUUCCCGUUUUUAUUUUUGGAUGAAUGAAAAACAGUUCUUUAUUCCUUAUCCAUAUCGUUUUUCUGUAUCAGAAAAACUCACUAGUGUUUACAUGCCUGAGUCAGAAUUUGUAUUUUUGACUCGCACCCCUUGAAUACUACUCUACAGUAGUUCUUCCAUUUACAGGAAAGUCAACUUGGUAUCUAUCUAUUUUUUUGUUUUUGUGUUUGUUUUUUCCCCCCCCGUAUAACUGCCAGCUGAAUGGCUACAAUUUGUCAUUUGCUGUCAUAUAAUUCCUCAUCAGAGAUUACAGUAUUCUAAGCUUUAUGACUGGUGAAGCCUUCAGCAUAGAGGUUUGCCUCCAGCUCGAGUCGUGUCUAUAUUGCAGUUAUGCAUCUGAUGAUAUUUUGCAUAAAUAAAACGACAUUGUGAACUAAUAA